AAUUGUUACAUGCAGGAUUACCUGGGGGAAAAACCAGAGGCUCACUUUGGUCCCUUCCGGUAAUUGAAAGGACUGGGCGACAGGGAAGGGGAGGAGAGAUCUUCCCUCCAUAAAUGGUCCCACCCCUGGGCAAGGUGGCUCACUUUGGCAGGUAGCAACCGGGGAGUGUGCACCUGCCACCAGCAGAGCUCAGCCAGACUGUGAGAAGAGGCAAGGCGGAGCACGUCAAGGGAGUGAGUGAACCAUGGACAGAUUGAAGUGCCCGAGCUUCUUCAAGUGCAGAGAGAAGGAGAAAGUGACAGCUUCAUCGGAGAACUUCCAUGUUGGUGAAAAUGACGAAAAUACGGAACGUGGUAACUGGUCCAAAAAAUCAGAUUAUCUCCUGUCUAUGGUUGGAUAUGCAGUGGGAUUGGGAAAUGUGUGGAGAUUCCCAUACCUGACCUACACCAAUGGUGGAGGUGCUUUCUUGAUACCCUAUGCAAUUAUGCUAGCAUUGGCUGGCUUACCUUUGUUCUUCCUGGAGUGUUCACUGGGACAGUUUGCUAGCUUAGGUCCAGUUUCAGUUUGGAGGAUUCUGCCAUUGUUUCAAGGUGUGGGAAUCACGAUGGUCCUGAUAUCCAUUUUUGUGACAAUCUAUUAUAAUGUCAUAAUUGCGUACAGUCUGUACUACUUGUUUGCUUCUUUUCAAAGUGUACUACCAUGGGCCAAUUGUUCUUCCUGGGCAGACAAUAACUGCAGCAGAUCACCAAUAGUAACGGGCUGUAAUGUGAGUACAGGAGCAGGAGAGAUGUUUAUGAACAUAAGCUGGGUAAAUAUCAACAACUUGACCUGCUUGAAUGGUAGCGAAGUUUUUCGGCCAGGACAACUUCCCAGUGAACAGUAUUGGGAUAAAGUGACACUUCAGCGGUCAAGUGGAAUGGAUGAAACUGGAGUAAUUGUGUGGUAUUUAGCACUUUGUCUUCUUCUAGCUUGGCUCAUAGUUGGAGCAGCACUGUUUAAAGGAAUCAAGUCAUCAGGCAAGGUGGUAUAUUUUACAGCUCUCUUCCCGUAUGUGGUCCUCCUCAUUCUGUUAAUACGAGGUGCAACUUUGGAGGGUGCAUCAAAAGGCAUUUCAUAUUACAUUGGAGCACAGUCAAAUUUUACAAAACUCAAGGAAGCUGAGGUUUGGAAAGAUGCUGCCACCCAGAUAUUUUAUUCCCUUUCUGUGGCUUGGGGUGGCCUAGUUGCGCUAUCAUCUUACAACAAGUUCAACAACAACUGUUACUCUGAUGCCAUUGUAGUUUGCUUGACAAACUGCCUCACUAGUGUGUUUGCCGGCUUUGCUAUUUUUUCUAUAUUGGGACACAUGGCACAUAUAUCUGAAAAGGAAGUCUCUCAAGUUGUGAAAUCAGGUUUCGAUUUGGCAUUCAUUGCCUAUCCAGAAGCUCUAGCCCAACUCCCAGGUGGUCCAUUUUGGUCCAUAUUAUUCUUCUUCAUGCUUUUAACAUUGGGUCUGGAUUCUCAGUUUGCAUCUAUUGAAACAAUUACAACAACAAUUCAAGAUUUGUUUCCCAAAGCAAUGAAACGCAUGAGGGUUCCCAUCACUUUGGGUUGCUGCUUGGUUCUGUUUCUUCUUGGUCUCGUCUGUGUGACUCAGGCUGGAAUUUACUGGGUUCAUUUGAUUGAUCACUUCUGUGCUGGAUGGGGGAUUUUGAUUGCAGCUAUCUUGGAAAUUGCAGGAAUCAUCUGGAUUUAUGGAGGGAAUAGAUUCAUUGAAGACAUAGAAAUGAUGAUUGGAGCAAAGAGAUGGAUAUUCUGGCUCUGGUGGAGAGCUUGCUGGUUUGUCAUCACACCCAUCCUCUUGUCUGCCAUUCUCAUCUGGUCGCUGGUGAAAUUUCACAGACCUGAUUAUGGGGACAUUCCAUAUCCUGACUGGGGAGUUGCUCUAGGCUGGUGUAUGAUUAUUUUCUGCAUUAUUUGGAUACCAAUUAUGGCGAUUAUAAAAAUAGUUCAGGCUGAAGGAAACAUCUUUCAGCGUAUCAUAAGCUGCUGUAGACCAGCUUCUAACUGGGGCCCAUACCUGGAAAAACAUCGUGGAGAGAGAUAUAAAGACAUGGCUGAACCUGCAAAGGAAACUGACCAUGAAAUACCUACUAUCAGUGGUAGUAGAAAACCAGAAUAAAAUGUCUCUUUUGAAAAUAUCUGAUUGUUAUAUAAUGUGAUUUUGUAGAGUAGGGGAACUUUUUUAAUUUAUUUGUGCGUUAAUCAAGUAGGGAAAUGUACAUGCCAUGCUCAGUACAGGGUUGUAAGUAUUUUUUUCACCUAAUCAAAAAUGAAAUAUAAAAAUGUGAAUUUAUGAAUGUUUAAUAAUGUACUUGUGUACCUUUAGGAUUAGCUAUUUGUUAAUACAUACACCCAGUACUGUUUUAAAAUGACAUUUUGUAAAUAUGAUUGUAAUAUUUCUUUUUUUAGUAUACUGAAGGUUUCCUGUGACAUGAUUACUUAGGAAAUAGUCAUGCUUUGUAUUUGGUGAUUUUAAAGAUAUUAUUUGUUUCUGUAGUGUUAAUAUGCACUUUUCUUAUACAAUAAGUCUAUGUAGUUAAAGCCAAGUGUUACACAAUUAAAGACCUCAUGUAUCAAAGUCACAAAUGGGACCGGGAGAGAUCAAUCAGUGGUUAAGAGCAAUGGCUCUUGUAGAGGGUGUAGGGUCAAUUCUUAACAUCCACAUGGUGACUAAUAUUGUCUGUAACCCCAGUUCCAAGAAAUCCAGUGUCUUCUUCUGAUCUCCAUGACACUGUAUGCGUAUGGUGUGUGUACAAUGCAGGCAAAAACCCAUACAUGGGAAAUAAAAUGAAUCAAUCUCUUUUAAAAGAAAUGUCACAAAUAUGUAGGGAGAAGACUGUAUAUGAUAUGAAGACUUUUGAAUACCUAUGAUCCAAAUAUGUCUAAACAUGUCAUCCAUUUAUUAUAGUUCAAUUUUUUCUAUGUAAACUUUAAAGUUAUACUCUUUUUAGAGUGAAAUGAGACAAAAAAUGAGGAACAGGUGGCCAGAAAGGGAUAAGUCUAGAAAAAUGAAAUAUUGAAAUUUUGAAUACAUUUUACCCUUUAUAAUAUCUUUCUUCUUUAGGUUAUAUUUGGAAUAAAACCAUGGCUCAUUUAAUUUCUAGAGUUUCAAAACAUAAGUAGUUCAUUAUAUUCUCUGAAUUCUGGAUUUAAUUGUAGAUUUGGAUGAAAUUAUUACUGAUCUGGCAUUUUUUGAUAAUGAUAUAUGUCUAACAGAUCAAGGGCAAUAAUCUUGUCUUUUGUGGAUUCAUUUUUCCUAAGAGUAAUAAAGUAUUCAUAUAUUAAUUGAUGUUAAUUGUUAAUUAAUUGUCAUUAAUAAAAUUUUUAUACUCUGGUUUCCUCACAAAUGAUGAUACCUUGUACUUUCUUAUGUAUUUUUGACAUAUGAUUUAAAAAUCACAGCUUAAGAUAACAAAAUCUAUUCUAAAUAGAUAGGGAACAUUUCAAGAGUCAUGCUGAGCAUUAGCAGAUGACAAGACUAAAAUUGUAAGUAUCAUUUUCUGUGGAUGUACAUUUGCAUUUUGGGGGAGAGUGAAUCCAUUGUUUUCAUGAAAUGUAAAAGGAACCUGUGACUCAAAAAACAAAAGCCUUUUAAGAACCAUAUACCGCUAGCUAAUUUGUACUUGGCAACUGAGUACCAAAAGGGAACGAUUUUCUCAUACAUCAAAUCUCCUCCUUCCUUCUUCUUUUGAUUAAAGAUCAAAGGAGCAAACUGAUUAAAGUGUCUCUUUAAUUAGUACAAGUAAGUGAUUCUGAAAGGAGGUGGUAUGAAGGCAUAACAAUGGGCCUAUAAGUAAUUCAUCUCAAUAAUUCACAUAUAAGAUGAACUUGUGUUGAUAUUUUGAAGGCUCUUUGUGGGUAGAUCCAAUGGUAUGAGCAAAAAAAAAAGAGCUUAAGUUUUAGUUACACUUUAUUUUAUAGAAUAUUAUGUGAGAUAGAUGAGAGACUAAAGCUUAGAAAUUUUUUUCUUCAUCGUAAUUCAAAUUGUAUUAAAACAUCCUCCCAUUGUCUUUUGGUGCUAUUUGAGGGUUGGAGUUUUCACUAAUUACAUAUGUGCAUGCAAAUUUUACAGGUGACAUUUGGAAUCUGUAGAGAAAAUUUGGGCAGAGAGAGGAUAUAAUGGAAAUAAAUGCUUUUCAAAAUCUGGCCAAAAGGAGUAGUUAAAGACUUGUAUCACUACCUUUAAGUGUGAAAAAAUAGAUCUUAAUCACCAUCUUAACUUAUGGCAAACAUAUAUUGCAGGGUGGCAAAUGACAACUCUUCUUUUCAUUUUAAACAUUUUAUAAUACUACUAAGUGGUCAUUUGCAUAAUAGACAACAGCUCCAUGUAAUUCUCCUCACUUUGGUUAAACUCUUAGACAUAUGUAGUAUUAGGCUGCAAUCAAGUAGAUGAAGAUUUUUAAACUUGAAGUUAUCAUUGCUAUUUUGUCAUCUAUAAACUUUUGAACUGUCUUUCAUUUUCUGUAAUUUAUGCUUCUACACACUUUCCCUACAAUAUACUAGCCAAUGUAUGUAAUUGAUUAUUGAAAUAAAAUGUAAGCAAAGUA